AUGGAAGGAGGAAGAGAGUGGAAGAGAUAUUACGGAUACGGGUAUGAAUCUCCGUACGUGCAACAAAGUGGAUACGGUGCUGAGAAUGCACCUGUUGAUGAACCAAAUUAUCCGGUGCAUCAAGUGUGUCCAGAUUACGGAUACGGGUAUGAAUCUCCGUACGUGCAACAAAGUGGAUACGGUGCUGAAAAUGCACCUGUUGAUGAACCAUAUUACCCGUCGCAGCCAUCGUAUCCGGGUUAUGGGGUAUACGGGGACGAAGGUGGAUACGGAAGUUACAGUGGAUACGGUGGUGAUGGUGGAUACGGGGGUGAAGGUGGUUACAGUGGAUAUGGGGGCUACGGUGGAUACGAUAGAUAUGGGGGUGACGGUGGUUACAGUGUAUACGACAGUGUAUACGAUAGAUAUAGGGAUGCAGUUGGAUAUGGUUGUGAGUCCCGUAACACAUCACUUUGUGAACCAUCUACCCCGAGCAAUCCAUUUCAAGUAAAUGAGGUAUCAUUAUUAUUAUAG